CUUACCCUUACCAAGAUGGCCGCCGACACGUUUCUGUCUCUCCUUACCCAAGAUGGCGCCGGCCCCGGCCUCACGUUGCCUCUCAGGGACCCCCCCCCCCCUCCGCGCAGCGUCGAGUGGAGCACGAAGCGCAGAGGCGGGUUUUCUGCAUUCAGAUUGACGAACAAGUCGAUUGAACGCCCAAAGACUUCCUCGCGGGAGCCACAGAUAUGAGAUCCAGCUCAUAUGUCACCUUAAGUCAGCUUUAAACCGUAAACAGUUGUUACAAGCCAGUGUUGUAGGUUAAAGUCCGUCUCACAUGCACGUGUAGUUUCCCCACAACCAGUAUAGAGGAAUUCAAGUUUACUCACAGGAAGCAUUACAUUUCACAGUAUUUGCCGCGAACAAAAUUUAGUAGUUAUUUUUAUGCUGCAAACUUUAUUACAGUAUUUGCCAAUUAGUAGGGUUAUUUUUUCAAUCCAAUAAAACCUUGUAUUUAAAAUAGGCUCCUAAAAAUAGGUGCGUUUUAACGUAUGAACGUUCACCCGUUGUAUAUGUUUAACACGGGAAUGUAGCGCCAAGCACGCGUGCGUUGUGCCCAUCCUUAUUCGUAGGUGAGUAUUAAACGAGCAAACGUGGAAUGCAUGCCCUCUUUCUAUGUGCGUAGCGAUGCAGCGGUGUCGAAUUUCAUUCCAAAUUUGCACGUACGUGUUCUUACUGAUUUUUCUUACAUUGCGUUUUACGCACAUUGCAAUGUCAUAGAAUUUUGCCGGUAUCAUAAGAGCAAAAUGCAAGAAUAUUUCUAAUAAAAGCGAAGUAGCCAAGCAUUAAGCACCUUUGUGUAGUAGCACGAGUAUUGACACCGACAGGCAGGGUUACUUUUAAAGAGGCAUCAGUAUCUUAUUCCUCAUUACUUGACGUUCACCCCUAACCUGAUCACAGAAUAACAAUAAUAGAGGAUUACCUGAAGUAGUCCGAUAAGAGGGACCGCUAUUACCCGUCACACGGCAUACUCCAAAACACCGCCGGCGCCAUGGACGAGCUCGUGCACGACCUAGCGUCGGCUCUGGAGGAGACGUCGGCGCAGAACAAGGCACGAGCAGCGGCAGCGGCGGAGGAGGAGCAGGAUCCAGAGCAGGAGGAGGACGACGAGGAGGACGACGAGGAGAGGGCCGUUGCCAUCGAGUGGGGCCGGCUACCCCCUCCGGCGCCGGCACCGCCGCCGCCUCCUCUGCCGCCCCCACCGCCCGGCGGAGCCCUGAGCCCCCGGCAGCUUCGGCGGCAGGCGCGCAAGCGGCGGGGACGCAAGCGGCGCGGGGAGCACGCCCUGAACCUGGCGCCGGCGCUGCUCGCGCGCCCACCCGCGUCGGCGACGGCGGCACGCGGGUAUCUGAGCGAGGGCUCCGAGUCGAGCCAGGAGGAGGGGAUGUUGGGUAAAAGCGGUAGCGCUAACGUCGCUGUCGUGGGCACCGGCGCAGCCAUCAACAUCGUGGCUGCCUGUGGGGGGCCUGGGCCCACCGCGACGGCGGGGAACAGCGACUCGGACGAGGCUCUGUGCGCGCGCCGCCUGCGUCUGGCGUCUGCCUCAUCGUCGUCGUCGCUCAACGCCGUAGCGCUGCGCCCGUGCGGCGCCGUGGCCGCCCCGCUCGGCCCGCCGACGAGUGCGCCGCCCGUGGUCGCAGCCAUGUCCCCCGUGCUGGUGUCGCCAACGCUGGUGCCCGCGCGCCACUCCUGGCACGAGUCGGACUCGUUCCCGGAGAGCGGCCCAGGACGCACCACCCGCCGGCGCCGCAAGGUCAAGCGUAUGGCCGUCGACCCCCCCGCCGUCUCCACCCUCACCACGCGGGGAGGCGUUGCCACGGCAACCGCCAACGAGCCCCCCCUCUGCUCGCACCCACCCUUCUGCCCCCCCGUGGCAUCGGCCGGCAGGGGCUACAUGGGACCCGGACUGCUCUUAGGCAUGGCGGCGUGGCGCCACCACAAGAAGCUGCGAUUGGCACGGGGUGGCGGCAGCGGCGGUGGCGGCGGCAGCAGCAGAGGGGCAGUGGGAGUCGAGUGGGGGGCCAGAGGGCCCCCCGGCGCGGGGGCCGAGGGAACUGACGAGGGCGUCGUCGUGGAGACGGGGGAGGACGCGGAGCUGGGAGGAGCGAUGCGUGAAGCGGCGGGCGCCAGCGGCGGGCGCGACGGGAUGGACUGCGAGGAGGACGACGGCAACAAGAACUCGGAUGACAACAUGAGCGACGGCGACACGAGCAGUCUGGGCAGCAGCGACGCGGGGCUUUACACCAAUGACGAGGGCCGGCAAGCCGACGACGAGCAGAGCGACUGGUUCGGCGAGACGGACCGCGAGGUGGGCCCCGGCGUGGGGGCCGUGCCGCCAUGGUGGCAGCGGCCGCGGGAGCUGCACGCCCCGCUGGCGCACCGCGACGCAGGAGACCCCGUCCUGCACAGCCUCCUCGCUGGCGGAUUCCCCCUGCUCUCCCGCACGGGACACAGAGGGUUCCACGCACGAUUGAGCCGCCUGCCGGGAGUGGCGGCGCGGAGCAUCCGGAAGGGGCGGAGGCGUCUCCCCGGGAAGUUGUCUGGCAUUGGUGGAGUGGGCGGUGACAGGAUGGCACACCACUCCAUGGACGUUCACCCUCGCGAGUGCUGGCCAUACCCCCUGGGCCGCAAGGACAGGAACCAGCAGUUGAGCCACAUUGGUGCUCUCUACUCGCUUGACGUCCGAGGGGACGCCAUUCACAACUCUCGACAGGUGAGCGUCACGCUGGGUGCGUUGUGCGCCGAGGACGUGAAGAGACGGCGAAAGGUCGCGCCUUCAGGUAUAACCUCAGCUUCCCAAUAUCAGAAGGAAGAGAUUUCCAGACGGCCACAGAAGCACACCCGAAAGCGCGCGAUGCAGUCACCGUCUUUGUUCGAUGGCCAGCCCAAAAGCCGCUGCUCCUUCGUCAGCGAGAACGCGCACGCCGCCCUGGAUGGCGGCACGGGUGGCCGCACCCUGCAGGGCAUGAGUUGGAUCCCGAGUCCGGCACCCGGGGCUGACGCUAGCGGGGAAAGAGGAGGAGGGCCGGCGGGAGGCCGCUCCGAUCCCGUCGGCGCCACGCAAAGGCCCAAAGGGCCCAGCGUCGGUUACAACCUCAGCUGAUGAACGGUGGCCACACGCCGCAGUGCCGGGAGGGUGACACUUUGGAAAAGUAAAGUACUCUGAUUACCGAUUACUCGAGGGUUUAACAAUAUAAACCCACAUUUUGUGGUUUUUACAGGAAUGUAAUCUCAUAGUUAAUAUUGGUUGAUUGAGAUUGCUUUCUUAAGAUGAACCGAUAUUGGGGUGAGAUGUAAAUCGGUGGGUGGGGUCGCACGGUGGUUGCAGUGCUCAACUCCCGAGCAGGAGGUCGCAAGUUCAAAUCCCGGUUGAAAGGUUUGCCCGAGUAUGUCGUCCUUUUAAAGUUUUCUAUGUAAUUACUACCGCAACGUCAACGGUGGUUUUGCAGCAAAGAGAUUUGUCCCCGUUUAUAGGAAUGUAGAAUUUCUGCUACGGCCCAAGGCUGCCAGUCGAUUGUUGACCUUGUUCACGAAAUUAGUGACGAAAUUACUCGUGAAACAGGUGUUUUAUUUUUUAGUCAACGAUGACCGCGAGCGGACGAAACGGCGGCCACCCCACCAGAGACCCAAAGUGCCGCUGACCAAAGCGCGUGCACGGCGCAGUCACGAUCGUUUCUCCCCCCCUCCCUCGCUUCGUUCAUGAACUCGCCCGAAUGUCAGACGCUAUAGACUUGCGUACAGGGACUCUUCUACUAACAUUCGACUUAACGAACUUUCAGAGAUACGAACAAACCUGUCCAUAUGUUGAGUUGCCUGUUCGAAUCGAGAGUCGUGUGUUCAACUGCCGUGCAAUAGGUGGCGGUGGUGGCAUCUACUUCUGCAGAACAUGAAGAACCAGUGGCAUCUACAGGAGAUUAUACACAUUUUAAAGCCAUCCCCCAAACAUGUUGUACAUGUUGUACAAAAUGUUUGGAAUCGACAGGAGUAAAGUUGGACUUACGAGCAAAUUGACUUACGAACAGACCUCUGGAACUUAACUCGUUCGUAAGUAGAGUCCCCGUAGAGAACAAUUUGCUGAGUUUAUCGAUUGGCUGAGCAGUGGAGGAACGGCACGAACCUCACAACAGCUUUUAAUAGUGCAGAGCAUUUGACUGAAGCUUGACUCCUUUCGUCAACUAGGCGAAGAGAAUGAUGGCAAGAGAUGUAGUAGUCUUGACUAAAUGUAAAUUCCACAGAUGGAGACUGACUAAAAUGUAAAAUGUUGACUAAUUGAACUAAGCUAAGCUAGCUAAGCUAUAUUUAUAUUACCAGGUAAAGCCCACUGAAAUAUAAAUAGCUCUUUUUCAGAAGCUCAACGAAGUGGCUGAUCACGUGCACAUUUAUAGCAGCCAAAUACUCUUAAACUGAUCUUUAUAAAUGUGGAGGGAAAAACCGGAGGAUCCGGAGAAAAAAUCCAUUUGUCAGGGUCGAGAUUGAACCACAACCUCCUGUAUACCAGGCGAGGUAGUUAACAUCUCACCACUGUUGCCAACAGAGUUGAGCGCUGCCCCGUGCUCGUUUGAGCAGGGAGGCUGUGAGGUUUCUUUGGUGGAUUUAGCCGUAGAGACAUCGGCCCUCUUCGACACCGCUGACCCCGCGUGAACCCAGGCCGCCGAUGUGACCCCCCCUCCCCCCUCCUGUUUAAUUUGGAAUAAUUUCAGCAUGAACAAAAUACAAAGCAAUCUUAAACGGCAACCGGUAGGUUUGUGCUCUGCCCCUGUGACCUGAUGAUAUACGGUAAUCGGAGUACACUAUCCCCUCGUUCUUCGCGAGGGGAUAUGUUCCGGAGAUGCGAGUGAAUAGCACAUUUUUUGGGAUAAAGAUAUUGGCUCUACGAAAACCUAUGUUUUGAAUUAUUUCCCUAAAGUAAAUACAUCAAUAAACUAUUAAAUACAUGAACAUCAUAACAAAAAAAUAAUUGAUCAUAAAGUAAAUAAAAAUACAUCUAAAUAGUUUCAUAUGAACUUCAUUAUCAAAUUAUCUCACCGCUUUGUCCCGUAACUUUAUCGCAUCACUUUCUCCCUCCAUGCCGCAGUCAUGUAGAGUUCCAGACGCGAUUAGCGGAUAGCCAAAAUCGCGGUUAGCGAGUUGGUGAAUAACGAGGGAGUACUGCCCAGAAGCAAUCUGUUGCAGCUCGCUGCUCCCCGACACGGAGUGUGGGGGAGCGCCGGCUAUUGUCGGCUCUGGCCGCUGCCUGUCACAGCCUCCAGGUUGAUUUCGUUGAGCCACGUUCGUUGUUGUUUAGCCGGCACAACUUCCAGCCUGAGUGGUCACCUCAUCUCGCGAUCCUUGCUGCCUGACCGAAGCCACAAACUUCUCAAUGCAUGCCCAACAUUAAUAUUCAUCGCAUUCUCUAGCCCUCGGUCUGUCUCUCGCUCUCACGUAUUACACCUAACACUAGUUUAUCAUUUUUUCUGGGUCCAGAGACGAUACUUUUGUCUGUCUCACUGGUUUAUUCAUAACACCUAGCCCUGAGGUUAUACCGAGCACCAUUUACCCUUUUUCCUGGGUCGAAUCCUCAACCAGAAUGUUAAGACUGAAUGUGGGAAAUGUUGCAGAUGGAGGUAUGAGGCUCCGCAGAGAAGCAUGGGAAGAGAUCAAGAGAUAGUGAUCAGUUUAUAUAUCCGAGAAAUUGCGCACACUCUUUGGAAGUGUAUUCAAUAAGGCCCUCGAUUCAGGAAAACCUCGCUGAGUGUUAUGACGUUUUUUUCAGAAAGGUCCUGAAUUGGGAUGUUUGGCCAAUUCCAAUAAUGAGUGAAUGGCAUUUGAGAGGAAACCGGGGUACCUGGAGAAAACCCAACCAUUCGAGGAGAUAACACGCAAGCCUUAAGCGCAGAUAGAUUAAGCCCAUUGCUGUGUCCCCGUCUCGUCCAUCUUGAGCCUACGACACCUCGUAUAACCAGGCAGUCUCCGAUUCAAAUAUUAACCAGGUCCCACCCUGCUUGGGUUCUAGGAGUUGGUCGCGGGUAAACAGUCGUUAUUCUGGACCGUGUCCCCGAGCCCCUGCCAUGAAACUUCCCUCUCUGCACCACUUGGCCUCAUUCCCGAGUCGUGCUGUUGAAAGAGAAAUGGUGUUAACCGUCGUCGAAUUCAUCCUCGCUAACAUCGCGAUCGUCAUGAGUCUUGUUGGCAGGUUGCAAUGCCACCAACAUUUCCUACUCUCGACUGCCAACUCAUUGUAGAUUUGUUGUUCGAGCAUAGAGAGGAAUUCCAAGGAUGUAUUUGACCAUGGUGUCUGCGAGAAGAGGCUGGUGGCUCGUGCACUGCUUGAAUGACAUAGGCCCCUUCCAUCCAUUCUCCCCAAUGUGUAACAAUAGGAGUAUUAAUCCCUCUCGAAUGCGCUUUCAGCUCGUACUGCGCAUUCAGCGCGUUGUUCAACAUAUCGCUGCAACUGCUGGGAGCUUCUUCAGGAACCGAAUGGUGGCAGCUCAUAUUCUUUUACGGUUUAAAAGAAAAGCGUCGCUGCUUCGCGCGCUGCUGCUGCUGCUGCCGCUAGAACCGCCAGUGUUUCCUCCGUCGAGUUCCUGACGAAGCUCCCAGCACGCGGCGCGAAACGUCGGACGUCGUGCCAAGCAACACCAAUGUACAGUACGACCCGGAAAUCCAUCAUCGGAGAGGCAACAUGGCAGCACAAUCGUGACCACCUCUACGUCGUCGUAAUAGUAGUCGUAGUCGUGCUACUUCCUGCCUGAAAGCACACGUGAGUGAGUAGCUUCAUUGGCCGUUUUUAAGUCCGUAACGUUCACAUUCCCGCAUGGAAUUCCGAUCUUGCGGUGUGUCUUCCCCCUCUGAUGUUAACAACCCUUGCUCCUUCUGAAUCCCCGACCCACAAUUUUCAGAACCCGAAUGUUUUAAAAAGAUAUAUUUAUUGUAAUUGUAUUAUCUCUCUCGUUCGAUGGGAAGAUGGAGAGAUGACUUGUUUGCACGAGUUUAAUGUGAUUUUUUUGUUAAAAGAAACUUUUUGGAAAAAUGCGAUAAGAAAUGCAGAUAUUACCGAUUAUCGUUCACGUUGUUUUAACGCUCUUGGAUGUUGUCCCGAGGGCAUGAAACAAAACCAAGUUCACGGCUCCGAAGGAGCGGUACACAGCCCUCUGUGUUUGUAAAGAGGACGGAGACUUGUUAAGUGACGAUUUGGUUUGUAAAGCCUUUCUGCCAAAAUCUUCUCAGUGCCCCGCACCAUCGUCUAAUAAUAAUACUUUACAUUUGUAAGGGGCAUUUCAUCCGUAGAUCCCAAUGCAGGAAAACAAAACAUAACCUGCAGGGUAAUUAGCCAGGGGAAAAGACCAAUUUAAAGUCUCUCUUCAGACUGUCCUUGGGCUCCGCUGUUCCACGUGUCUGCUGUAUAGGCAGCACCUUAGUCGUGUCGCCAGUCGGCUUCAAGGAAUGUGUCGGCUUCGUAUUGGCAGAAGAUAGUCGACCAGCAGAUCGCGUAUGGUUGGGUUAAAGUGUGGGUAGACUCCCACCUCUUCCCAGUUGUCUGGCCAGCGUGGAAGAGAAGGCCAAAUACCCUUCGGGGGGGGGGGGGGGCGGGGGCGUCUUAAGAGUCCCAUGCGUUGGAGGCCCUUCCCAGGAGCAGCGGCAUGAGCGCGCAAUUGCACGGCCAGCGCCUCUUACCUUGAAAGAGGGAGAAAUGCAAUGGCCUUGGUAGAUUAAUGUCACUACUUGUUGUUUACCCAGGGAACACCUCGUCGAGUAUUGAGACUCGUUUUCACGAGGGUCCUGUUCAUGAUGUUUUAAGUGUUGUUGUUUGGGAGGCAACGGGAGAGUCUGGAGAAAUCCACUCACGUGAUGGGGUCACAAUCAAAUCAGGUCGCCUGUUGGUAACCUACUUUCUGUACUGACUCUCACAGGUAUCUCCCGCUCGUUGCCAUAUGCCGUUGGGUGUCCCUUAAUUACUUCAUCGCAGCGUUAUCCACCGAGCCCGCCUCCAAGACGUCACUUAAUAAUUUACCUGAACAUAUUGAAAGAUAUACGGAGUCAUUUUUAAAAGUAACUUUUAAAGAUUUUUGAUUGUAAAGAUUAUAAAGGGGUCGAUCGAUGGGGGGGGGGGGGGGGGGUAGUGUUGUGUGUUACAGAGCGAUGCAGUAUUUAUGUAGGGUAGAUGUGACACUUUAUAGGGAAAGAGGCGUGGAACGAUUGGCCCACUCUUAAUGGUGAGCCGUCACAAUUUGGGGUUUCAAUUUUGAGUGGAGAAUCGUUUUAGUGCCUCGCGCUUUCGUACGGGUGAGCAGCCUUGCUCGUUCCAUCUUGUUCUGGACCGAAUCGUUUUGCAUGGUCCGAUUUGAUCUUUUGACUCGAUUCUGAUAUAUUUACGUAUAUACUUUGCAUACAUCGUUCAUUGACUAUUACGCACGCGAUCCUAUGCAUACGUCGUUGAGCGAAUCAGUUUCGUUUGCCGAAUGAGCGCAACUGUCUUAUUAUAGCUUUCGGGUCACUGUUGUGUGUAGGCUGUAGAACGAGUAAAUUGUAUGUGGUUUAGGUUUGCAAUUUCAGAACACCAUGCAGGCUUUGUGUAUAUUAAUUUCUACGUGAUGCUUUCGUAUUAUUACUCUAUUUAAAAUGUUUGUUACUCGGCGACAGCGGAAACCUAUUUCUGUCGUAUGCCAGUCAUUUUUCCGAAUCUUAGUUCUUUCCAAAGCGCAGUAAAAAUGUGGUCACGAACUCUGAACUCCCAAGAACGUUUUCUCACAUGGCUAGAUUCGACGUUGAAGGUGUUGAUUAUCGGUCUCAUUCAUAUCUACCGCUCGUUGAUUGGGGCUGUUCGAAUCGUGACGGUCGUAAUUGGACAUCUAUGAAAAAAGAGCUUUACGGCUCAUCAGAUUCCUUCAGUAUAAACUAAUAUCCUGAUUCUGAACUGGCCGAGGGCCUGCACUGGUCAAAGUGCUCAGCUCUUGUACAAGUUCACAUCCUGGUCAGGGUUCGGCUCGCCUCGGCAUCAUCAUCAUCGUCGUUCUGGGGUCUGUAAAGACGUUGUACUCACCGCAGAGAACUGCAGCGACACAACUGCACUCUGCGAUAGCCGGCACCAAACUGUGCCACACGCCCUCCCGCAUGGCCUCUUACUCCCGUUUCGAUGUACACUUUUGUAAUCUGAACAGGAAAGGGUGAAUGAGACGUGGCCCACUGACUCUGUUGUCCCUCUUGUAAAUAACCUGGAUAGAAGUCCGUGUGAUAAAUGCUAAGUGGAUGACAUGA